CUGGCCUUAGGUGUAACCAUGACAGCGUACAGUACGCUGUGCAUAUAUAUGGGACCCUUGAAUAGGGUGUUUCUGACGGUAAACGGAGCCCUGACUUCGCCUUAUGUAGGAUUAUGUCUACUGGCUAUACUAUUUCCGUUUGUACACUCCAAGGGUGCAGGCGUGGCGACAAUACUCGUGGUUUUCAUCCAAAUAUGGCAUGGGGCAAAAUCAAUACAGAGAAGCACACAACCACCCAGGAUGCCAAUUUCCUUGGCAUGCUGUCCUGGAAACGUCACGUUCCGUACUUCAACGUCCACGAUAUUCAACAUAAGCAGCUCGUUCGAUGAUCCGAGAUCCGACGAGUCGUUUUACUUCUUCCGGAUGUCAUACUUCUGGACCAGUUUCUUUGGUAUUUUUGCUACUGUUGCCAUUGGUGUAUUGGUAAGCGCCUUGACAGGAGAAAUAUGGAGUAAAAACGAGCAACCGGAGUUAUGCAGUGACUUACUCGUGAGAAUAUGGCGGAAACGGACGCACCGGAAAGACGAAUCGCCCCUUGAGGAUAUGAAGACAUCAAAUUUUGACAAACGCAAGUGUAACGCAGAAGUUGAAGACCUGCUAGUGGCUACAGAAGAGAGCCACGCGUAGGCAAAUUUAUUUACAUAAAAAAGCCUCUCAGGAAGAGGAAGAACGAUACAAAUUUUCAUUUGUCAAUAAA